ACAUGUAAAAUGUGCCAUAAGCGAUAUACGCAUUGCGUGUUAUAAAAUUUAUCUGAUCAAAAAGAAUAAAAAUAAAGCAGUGCAUAAGGAAAAAAAUGAAAAACGAAACAUAAAUAUGUACUCAUACUAGCUCAAACUGAAAGUACAAAUGCGAAAGUUGGAUUAUUUGAAAAAUAUAUUACGAAAAUAUGUGUGUUUAAGUGAUUUGAGUGAAUGUGAUUUUAACAAAUUCUGAAAAUUAAAGAAUGUACUUUAACUUAAGUACGCAAUUCAAGUUGCAUUCAACAGCUCGCAAUGGGCCCGGGAAAUAAACCGCCUGAGCGUGCAAAUAUCUUUUGCCAGAAAUGAAUUGUGAAAACAUAAUUCGCAGUGAAAGUGAUUGCAUUUCGCAUUGCAGUCUGCAUAAUUAGGCUUUAGUUAAGUCUAAGUGCUAAUUCUAAGGCACUGCAACUGGACGCUACUGAAUUGUGGCGCCGCAAAGUAAUCGACAUUUAUAAUAGUUCUUCAGUGACAAUAAAAUAUCUCCCACUCGUUUUACUCACCGUUCGCCCACCUAAAGGCAACCACCAACCAGCGAAAAUAGCGCCGAUUCCGCUAUACUGGCUACCGAAUGGAUAAUGGGUAUUUGUUUAGACACAGAUGCCAGCGCGGCACAAGAUACCGGCGAACAAGGCAACGAUUGGAGUCAUAUACGGAAUCAAAACAGUGCCAACGGACGGAUCGGUACGGGAAACAUGGUCGCCAUAGACAUGCAAAAUGCUGGAAAAAUAAAAUUCGAUCCGCCCAAAGUGCCAGUGAUAUUUGUUUUAGGCGGCCCAGGUAGUGGCAAGGUCACGCAUUGUGACACAUUUAUGCAGGAGCGCCGCGGUGUGACGCACAUAAAUAUGAUGGAUUUGUUGCAACAGUAUGCAAUGGGGAACGAUAUGCAAGACUUCUCGCAACUAUCCUCAAAGACCGUCACAGAGGUGCUCAUGCUGGAAAUGAAAAUGGCUCCAGCUGCCAAAGCGUACCUAAUUUCAGGAUUUCCUCGCUCAAUGCGCGACGUGGUCGAAUACUCGGAAAAGAUUCAAGUCGUGAAUGGAGUGAUCUUGAUAUCCUGGCGUCAGUCGGUUUUGCAAAAGCAAAUUGAUUAUGGCGCUAAAUUAGGUCAUGUCGUACUCUCCUUAGCCAAAAUGGAAUUAGAAAAUUUCUUCAAAAAUGUGAUGCCCGUAGCAGAUUACUUCGACCAAAGUGAUAUGCUAACAGCAGUAAAUGGCGAGCGUGCACCAGCCGAAGUGUACAAAGACUUUCGUGGCGCAGUACUCGAUGUGUUGAGCACGCUUGAGAACCAAGAGGCCAUGCUGAACGGAGUCACAGGUAUGGGCAGAGGGAUACAUGAUAUACCCGGCAGUAUAGUUAGCGUAGACACCGCACCUAGUCAAGCCGCGAAUAUUGCAGACAUUUCUAAUGCCAACGUCAACACAACAGUCUUUGCUGCCAACAACUACAACAACAUGAAUAGAAACCAUUACAACAACAACCAUGUGGGUAAUCCGGGCAUAGCGAAUGCUGUGGGCGCACACAUCGCUUCGAGUGUCAACGCAGCUGCGGCGACUGCACGAAUGACCGACGCCGAAGUUAUCACUACACAGCCGGAGGCAUUGCUCACGCAAAAUGCGGCGACGAGCAUGCACCAAAACGGGGACAGUAUACCUCCAGUCAUUUGGGUCAUCGGUGGACCGGGUAGUAACAAGGCGACGCUUUGUAUGAAGGCUGUAGGGUUGAACCCUGGCUGGGGACACAUAAGCAUGGGACGUCUGUUGCGCACCAUUACCGACUCGGCACCGCGUGCGAACACGGAAAGCUACACCGUCAAGGAGGCACUAUCCGCUGGCGAAAUGGUGCCGGAGAAGGCGAUCAACAAUAUACUCGAAGCGAAUAUACGGCAAUUGAUGGAUCGUAAAGGCAUAUUGAUCGACGGUUUUCCGCGCAAUUUACAACAAGUCAAACAUUUUGAGAAUAAGUACAAACAACGACCGCCAAUCGUGCUGCUGGAUUGCUCUAAAUUACAACUGGGACGUGGACGUGUCGACGAUACCGUCUCCUCGUUCAGGCGUCGUUUGGAGCUCUUCCGCGAGCAAACUUUACCAAUGCUGAAGACUAUGGACAAUAGUAGUCGUCUACAAAUCGUCGAUGGCGAUACGGACAGCCCAUCGGUGCAGCGGGAAUUCGAAAAAAUCAUACGUCAGCACAUACAAAGUAGCGAACAAAAUGGUACUGGCUCAACGAACAACAAUAUGGCCGAUGCUGCUGUGAUGACCAAUCAUGUGGAUCAUGAUCAAACCGACGCUAUACUACAAGAUUUGGAGAACAAUGUGCCGGGUGCAGUGCCAACGAUAAGUCAUCAUGUGUCGCUCAUGAAUGGGCAUUUAAAGAAUCGAAAUAAUAGUGCUGCCAACAAUUUGAAUAGUAACCAUGUGGCAAUGAAUGGUGACGCACGCAUGCCGGGCUUAACGGGUGUCAUCGAUUUCAGACAUAUGCUGCAGGAGGCCGAAAGAUAUCCGGUGGACUCGUAUAUGUAAAGCAUUAAAGUGCUGGGCACUAGUUGGCGCUGUAUGAUCGAUGUCAAAGCAAUUCAACCACUUGUUUCUUGGAACAUUUACAGUUAGGUUGUUUUCAAGUUAUAGACUUUCAGAUAUUAGUUCUAAGUCAAUUGCAGUUGUGUCCAAAGCCCUCAGAGCUUCAUUUUUCCUUUAAGGGAUAUAAUUCAUAUUUGUUUAAAGAAAAGUUGAUGGAUAAAGGACGCCAAUGGGAUGAAAGUAAAGAAAAUUCUUUCUGUAUUUUUAUAGUUUCCUGCAUAUUUUCUGAAUAGGAGUUUUUAAUAAAAAAUACUUCAUUUUACCGCUAGGAUUGGUUGUUCACGACAGUGCUGAUAAGAUUGCAUCCAUUGAACUCAAUUUUUCCCGGAAACUGUUCCUUAUAACCGAAUUUUCUAUUAUUUUAAAGAGCCUAAAAGUAUGCAAUUUCCUCGAAGUUACAUUUGGCAGAGUUUGAAUUUCAAUGUCAAAACAUAACGAAUCCACUAUUACCGAUCUAUUUUAUAAUUUCAUUCAAAUCUAAAAAUGUUUUAGUGAAUUCAGUUAUAUACUGUGCCUCAAUUAAUUGAUCAAGAUUUUAUAUAAAAUGUGAAUACGUAUUUGUUUUAUAAAAUUAAAUUUUAUUUGUGUUUAUUUAAAAAAUACAGCAAAAAUCUUUGGUUUCACACCUAUUGGCUGCUGAUCAAUUAAUUGACCUUUGAACCAAAAUAGUUUUAAUAUUUAAUUUGACACUUUUGCCAUCUAAAACAGCUUGAAACCCUUUGGACACGCUCUCUACAAUAUCUUGGCAUAUAUCUCGAGUUAUAUUGUAUCACAAAUCUGACCACAGUUCUCCACUUCUCAUUCAUUAUUGACAUCACCAAUGACUUGUUAACGAGGCUUCGCUUUAAAUGGCUGUAUUGGAUAAAGUUCAGGGGACCAUAGCGGACAGUUAAGGAUAUUAAAAAUAUUUUCGACCAACCACUUCUUUGCUAUUUUUGACGUAUGCUUAAUGUCGUAAUUGCGCUGUAGUAUAAUUUCUGCAAGAUUUUUAUGCCAUAAAUCCAAGCUAAAGCUUUUAACCGGUAUUUCAAUAUGUUAACUUGUGAAAGUCGACGCUUCCCAUCUUCCAACGCUUUUUAGAGUCUGACCCGAACUUCUCCAAAAUCUCCAACUUUUAAUGUGGACAUUAUGUACCUGUCACACAGUUUUUCAUUCCUCUAUUUCCAAACCAGUGUCGUCAAUCAGAAUUCAGUAUAUUAAUUAUUUCUUCAUCGAACUAUAUAAUUUUACUCCAACUGUAGGUUUUCACGUCACUGUUGGGUACAAUUGUGAAGUUUUUACAUAUAUUUUUUGUAAACUUCAAAAGCAAUAGUUUAUGGCAGUCCGUAAAUAAUACUUUCGCACCACCAUGAAAAUAAGUUUUGCGAAAUACAAUUGAACUUCCCUAACCCGAGUAAUCAUAAUCCACAAAAAAACUCCGGGUUAUGGGAAGUAAUU